GAGAUGUGUUAUCAGAGCCUUCACGGUUGAGUUACUUAAUAUGGAAGUGUCCUGAGAGGAUUACUUCCAUAACUUGAUAGGUCCUGAGAGAAUUCCUACCAAGUAAUGGUAGACUUGUUGUAACUUGAUACACUUCUGAGAGAAAUGAUAUCAUAGCCUUUAAGGUUGAGUUACGUAUCAUGAAAUCGUCCUGAAAGGAUAACGAUCAGGACUAUUACUAUUGGUUCUUAACUACUUGUAUGGUGUAUUAACAUAAAUAUGUUCUUGUUGUACAGGUCAAGCGGAAAAUGAGAUCGAGUAUAUAGGGAUACCUGAAAAGGAUGGCGAGAAUAAUAUUGAUGUAUUGGAUGCCAGUAUUCUGGAAAUUCUUGGGUAUGAGCAAAUACCCCAGAAGAAAACAUCGCCAAAGAUCCACCAAACAAUUGCGGACCAGUGGGGAGAUAUCCUCCGAUCUGGUUUACCAGAGAACAAGGUAAUGGAGAUAGUUAAAAAAAUACCCGCCGGUUGAAAAUUGCCCUUGGAUUGAAGCGCCAAAACUGAAUCCGGAGGUAAAUGUGGCAAUCAAUGAGCUGGCAAGGAAAAUGGACCAGAGGGUGCAGAAGUCCCAAAAUCAGAUCGGAGCUGCCAUAACGGCAAUCGCUCAGGCUCUGAAUGAAGCCGUUGAGGAAGAAUCCCUGAAUACCAGGCUCAUUGAACGCCUAAGCGAUGCAGGCAGAAUACUAACGGCGGUUCAUUUUGAGGAGUCAUCGCUACGUAGAGGACUGAUUCAUCCAGGAAUCAAUGAUAAGUUAAAGGAGGCACUCAGUUCGACUGCAGUGGAUGGGUAUCCCUAUGGAAAUAAUCUUGGUGAGAAAAUUAAAGAAACCAAGGCCCUAGAAAAGGCGUCUGGGGACCUUAAAAUUCCUAAGAAACCAACAAAACAAACAACCACAAAAGGGCGUAAGCCUUUAAACUCGAAGAGUCUGCCCCCUGCAGUGCCGAUAUAUCCAAGGGGCAGACAGCCAGUGCAUCGGAAGAAGAACGAGUACCAGGGCAAGAGGCGUUACCAUGCAGCCAACAAGCAGCAGCAGCGCUCAACCUGGAAGAAACCAUAGAGGAAACUUACCCUGGUUGCAGGGCUGUUAUCGGGGAGGGUUUGAAGAAGAAUGGCUACCCGGAGGAGGCAAUCGAGACAGCU